GGCUUUCCUCAGUCCCGAGUGCAAACCGAAAUCUGUCCUCUGACUUCAGUUGAAAUCAACGACUCUCUCAAUGUCAUUGCAAUGGGUGCUGGAAAAUUGGAGACGGGAAUUAUCUUCCUCCUUCAGACAGGAGUUGGGAUCCUUGGAAAUUCCUCCCUCCUUUGCUUUUACAACAUCUCUUUCUUCAUUGGACAUAAAUUGAGAUCCACAGAUCUAAUUCUGAACCAAUUAGCAUUUGCCAACUCCUUGGUCCUUUUCUUCAAAGGAAUACCUCAAACAAUAGUGGCCUUUGGAUGGAAAGAUUUCCUGGAUGAUGUCGGAUGUAAACUAGCCAUUUAUUGGUGCAGAGUGGGCAUGGCUGUUUCCUUGAACACCAUCUGCCUCCUGAAUGGAUUCCAGCUCAUUAAGCUCAACCCUGGUAUUUGGAAUUGGAUGGAGGUCAAGAUUAGAUCUCUAAAGUUCAUUGUCUUCUGCUGUUUCUUGUGCUGGAUCUUACAUAUUGUAUUAAAUUCAUUCAUUCCUGUUCUAGUGAGUAGCCCACGGGGUAGGCAAAAUCUCAGUUUAGAAAGUAAUUAUAGGUAUUGUUUCUGGGAAAUGCCAGAUCACUAUAACCCACUGUAUACAGUCCUCCUAUAUUAUUCCCCUGACUUUUUGGGUCUGGCUUUCAUAAUGUGGGCCAGCAUCUCCAUGGUCAUUUUACUGCACAGACACAAGAAGCAAGUACAAUAUAUUCACAACAAAGCCCUCUCCAAGUCUAGACAAAACCAUGAAGCCAGAGCCACACGCACCAUCCUGAUUUUGGUAACCUCCUUCUUUGCCUUUUAUUCAAUCUAUAAUGCUUUGACCAUCUGGACAACCUUAACUGUAAAAACCAGUUACUGGACGAUGAACAGCUCUGUGUUUUUGAGUACAUGUUUCCCAGCAUUAAGCCCCUUUGUGAUCAUCAUCAGUGACACCAGAAUCUCUAGGUUGUGCUUUGGCUGUUGCCUGAAGACCAAGUGUCUUUCUGAUUAG